ACAAUGAUGAAGGUUCAGAUCAUGUUUGGCUUCCUUUGCUGCAUGGUUUUCCUGCCUACAGAUGGCUUCCCAGCAGACACCAAUACUGAAUUUCGUUCUGCUUUCUCUGUGGCCAGAACCAGCAGCAUGGAAGGAAGCUCUGAGAUGGUCAUUACCUUUGACAAAGUGUAUGUGAACAUUGGCAAUGACUUUGAUCCCAAGACAGGAUUGUUCCGCUGUCGGAUCCCGGGAGCCUACUACUUCUCCUUUACUGUUGGGAAAUACCCAAAGAAAAACUUGUCUGUUAUGCUGAUGAGAAACAAGAAUGAGGUGCAAGUGAUUGUGUAUGAUGAACAUCACCGCAAGGAGCGGAAGGUAGCUAGCCAGAGUGCCAUGCUGCAGCUUGACUACGGUGACACCGUUUGGCUGCGUUUACAUGGAGACCCCAAGUAUGCUCUUUACAGCAAUGUGGGCCCCUAUACAACUUUCAAUGGCUACCUGAUCUAUCCAGACACUUCUGCCUUCUUCCAGAAUGCUCUUAGCUCUCAGGAGCUAGGGCCACACCAUCACACUGCUCAGCAGCUUCCUGGAGAGCAGAAGGAAGCUUCGCAGCGACGUGUGUUAUCCGAUCAGCCAAGCAGGGAACAAGACCCUCGCUCUGCAUUUUCUGUUGCCCGCUCGGAAAGCCUCCUGGGCACAGAUGACAAGCAAACCCAGCAUGAACCAAUCACGUUUGACACAGAGUUUGUGAACAUUGGAAAAGAUUUCAAUUCCUCCACUGGUAUCUUCACCUGCCGUAUACCUGGUGCAUACUAUUUCUCCUUCACCAUUGGCAAAAUGCCCUUUAAAACUAUGUCAGUGAAGCUUAUGAAGAACCACAAUGAGGUGCAAGCCAUGAUCUAUGAUGACAACCACUCCAAGAGGCGAGAGAUGCAGAGCCAGAGUAUCAUGCUGCCUCUGCAGUAUGGAGACACCAUCUGGCUCUACAGCCAUCAGCAUGAUGGCUAUGGUGCCUACAGCAACCAUGGCAAGUACAUCACCUUCACAGGCUUUCUGAUCUACCCAGAGGCUCAGCCAAGGUGGCUUCCAGGUGCCAGCUCACCACAAGGAUCAAAUAACUAA